GCUGCUCCAAGUGUCCGUUUUCCUUCUGGAAGUCUCAGCUGGGAGGAGUCAGAGGAGGAAAGAAAGUCUCUGUUGUAAGUCCAACUUAGAGCCGUUUACCUUGGGAGGACAGCGUUCUGGGGCUCUAGAAAACAAGUAGAUGAGGUGAGUUUGCUCACCUAACUCGGAGUGGAAGAGAGACCUAUAAACUCAGACAUCUGUCCCAGAGUAGACGCUUGGGACAAGUGCCAGACCCUUUGCAGCCUUAUCAUGUACAGCAGAGCUUACUUAUUGCUGGAGAGAGACUUCCAGGAGCUGAAGGAGAACAACUUUAAGGGUAUUACUGCCUUUCCUAUAUGUGAAGAUCUAAUGGAAUGGGGAGCUGAUAUUGAAGGUCUACAGAAUACAUUUUGGCAUGGAUUAUUCUUCCAACUGACAAUAAAUUUUACAUCACAGUACAAUUGUGUGCCUCCAGUUGUGAAAUUCCUAACAAUUCCUUUUCAUCCAAAUGUAGACCAAAAUACUGGUCGGGCCUGUAUAGAUUUUUUGGACGACCCCAAUAAGUGGAAUACAAGCUAUACUUUGAGCAGCAUCUUACUAGCCCUCCAGGUUAUGCUUUCUAAUCCAGAGCUAGAAAAUCCAGUGAAUUUGGAAGCAGCCCAAAUGCUGAUUAAAGAUGAAUCUCUGUAUAAACAAGUAGUUCUAAGACUUUUCAACCAACCAUCACAAUUGAGAGAUAAUGGCCCUGAGUUUCCCAAAGAUCCAGAUAAAAUUAUCAGAUCAAUUAAAGAAAUCUCAUUUAAUGAUUACUACAAGACAUGGUCUACAAUAGCCACAUCAAAAGCCACAGAACACUAUAGAAGUUCAUUGCUUGAAGAUCCAGAUUUUAUUGUAGAGUAUUAUAAAUGGAAGAAAGCUGAAUUAAAACAUCCUAAAGAAUGGAAUUUAAAGUAA